AUGGAUAAUGAAAUUUUUUACGAUCAUGUCUUCCUUUCGAAUGAUGAAGAUGAAUUACUACUUAUUUACAACGAUGAAGGGAAUUUCGAUGAGGAGUAUUUCCUAAUCUAUGAUGAGGUCUGGAAGAACGAUGAGGAAGUGACUCCAGAAGACGAUUUAGCCGACGUCGAACACUACGCAGUUUUGAUGGAAGUAAUGGACACUCCUACAAUGCACGUGGUCUGGGAGAGCGAGGAGGAAAUGGCUCCAGAAGAGAAUUUAGACGAGGUCGUAGACCGCGAUUCGAUGGAAGAAAUGGAAGAAAUCGUCACUUCCACAAUAAACGUGGCAGAUCUAUUGGAGGAACCCCUUCUCUUUGAUCCAGAAGAACUCACGGUCAAUGUGCCCGAAGAUAUCGCAUAUUCGGGAUUCUUUGCUGGGCAAGGCGAUGACUUGAAGAGUUGCGAUGCCAGCUACAAAGUGAUCGCGUCUGAGACUCUUAGCCAUUCUCCUGGAGAAGUGACCGAGGUGACAGACUUUAUACGUUAUCUCAACCAGGACUUCGUCUUCCAGGCAUACUCGCCGCCAUCGAUCCCCAGCUUGCAUACUGACCAUUGUCCUCAUCACGGCAAAUCCUCACCAGACGUCUUCUGGUCCGACAUGGAGGAGGUGUCCUGCAUCCUGCUGCGUUCGGCAGCCGCCUAUAUGGACCCCCCCGCCCAUGUCAACGACGCUACGGUGAGUUUUGUUGCCAGGGGUCUCUCCUUGGCCAAGGGUUUCACAACUGAAGAGGGAAUUUCCCCAAGCGGACAGCAAGGCAUCGGUCGCCUGGUGGCCGCCAUUGUCAUGGACAGGCAGUCGUGCAUCGUAAUGGCAUACGCCGUGAUCCACCUCGUUCCCCAGACUAUGACCGACGACAACACAGGCGAGUUGAUGGGCAUGGUGCUCCAUAACGUUAUUCGCGGAUUCGCCAUCAACGACCACUUCCGCCACAUCAUUAUCGAAAACAGUCGGUCCUUUCUUUUGGCGGCGAACCAAAUUCCAACCUAAUAGUUUGGAUACCCAUAUAUAUUGGUAUA